UAUCUGUAUCUGUAUCGCAUCGCCACUCCACUCGCAAGUAUCGCGGACGCGCAAACGACCAUGCGAAAAUAUUGCAACCACAAAUCUGGAACUUUAUACACAAACGGUUAAGGAAACUCUGACCAACAACACCUUUCGGAAAUAUCUUAAAAAAUUAUAACAAAAAACCCAGCCAAAAAUCCACAGUCAACGUUGGAAAUCGCACAGCAUUUUAGUCAAAAUUCCAUUCAGGAUCGGAGUCCGCGCAUACGACGUCUUCAACACACUUUGGAUUAUAUACCAACUGCAAUAGAGCCAGCCACUAAAACAAACAGCCAUCACUUCGGAAAAUCAAACAAUAGCACCGAACCACACAGUUGUAAUCAUCAUCUUCACCAUUAGCAAAACUUGUUAGUGUUAAAACGUUUUUAAGCAAAACAUUUGCCAGUUUUUGUUUAAGUUUUUCUUUAUUUGCUACAUUACUAAUAACGACGGUAAAUCUUUGAUAAUAUUCUCUACUAUGGUUAAGUGUACAAGCCAAUUACGCUUUUAAUUUUAACAACUAAAUAUAACAUCGAAACGAACGCAGUCGAAAAGCGGCAUAAAACUUGUAAUAAUAAACGGGGAGCAAGGUAUCUAUGGCCACGCGUUGCAAACUUUAAAAGCCUACGCAAAAUGCAGCGACAUGUCUGGAAAUGCAUUAAAAUCAAAUACAAAAUCUAUCAAUUUCUAACAAGUGAAACAAACACAACCUAAAGCAAAGUUAAGCCAAAACAAGAAAAGAAAAAAAAGAAAGAAAACAAAUUGCAAGGAAAGCCAAUAACUAAAAGUGCAUAUUUCGUGACAAAAAUUAGUGACAAAUUAUGAUCAUCAAGUGAGGCGAACUGAAAACAAUUUAAAUUAUAUAAUUAACCAGUUAGAGCAAUCAACUUUAGCCAACCAGCGACUGCGUUUGCACACAGAUUUGCGCGUUACCUUUCAGUCGGUUUGGAUUGUUUGGAUUGUACCAGAUUGGAUCACCUCGAAACGCAGUCGGCCGAGACUUUCGAAACCGAAUCUAAACGAAAUCUAUAAUAGCUAAAGGAAAUUUAAUCAAAAUUAGCCAAGAUACACUGCUACCUGCCUGCGAGCCUGUCUGCCAGCUAGCUUUACGUAACCCGCAGAGCCAGGGAAAGUGCAUCCGAAGCUUUCGAAGCGGCUCUGGAACCCCCAUACCACAGACAUAGAUACUCUCUACACGAUCGCCGAUCGAGGUUUCAAAGCUCCACGCGGGGUAUACGCCCCAUAUAAAGUAUAAAAAAAGCGAUCGAAAGACAUACAUCUGAAAAAAGAGCACCGCGCGGAGAGUGCAACUGCAGCGGCCGAUCCAAUCCCAUCCAAUCGAGGGUACGAUCGGAAAGCCGAGCGCUCGUAACUUGUUCUCCGAGGCUUCGUGCACUUCCUGUGCAGCGCUGCUGCGACCGGCGAUCUGCAGCCAGAGCCACAGCCCCCAGCAACAGGCGAUCAGUUCGCUGGCGAGUGCACCGCUGAUUGCAAUUACUGCAGAGCUGCAUUCCUGGUCAAAAGGCUGGCCACAUAGCCACAUAGCCAUAGCACAGAGCGCCGAAGAGAGUCGCCGAGCGGUGUGUGAUCUACUGUACUCUCCCUGCAUCUGCACGUCGCAUCGCAUCUGCACUCGCAACGCAACGUGUCGGAAAAGCGCGAAAGUGGCAAAUACUACUCUAUUUGCAACAAACACCCAUUGUAGUCGUUAAGUGCGCGCCAGUGAAUCUACUAGUGAAGUUCAUGAAUAGUGCAAAAACGUAACAAACUUGAAAUCGCAACGAAAGAAACACACACUCGCUUUAGUUCGCAUAAAUAUAGCUUAGCACAUUUUCGGAUUAAAUAUCUACAGCACCCAUUGGAUACAUCACCUUCAUCAGCAGCAGCAGCAGCAGCACCAGUACACCCCGCACACUUGGAUACACAGCGCCUGAGAUACUCUCUACUCGGAAGUUGCAGCAACAAUUCGCUCGAAAAUGGCGGAGGGUAAUGGCGAACUGUUAGAUGACAUUAAUCAGAAAGCCGACGACCGUGGCGAUGGCGAGCGUACAGAGGACUACCCCAAGCUGCUGGAAUACGGUCUGGACAAGAAAGUCGCUGGAAAGCUGGAUGAAAUCUACAAAACCGGCAAGCUGGCUCACGCCGAGCUGGAUGAGCGCGCCCUGGACGCGCUCAAGGAGUUCCCCGUCGAUGGUGCCUUGAAUGUGUUGGGUCAGUUCCUGGAAUCGAACCUGGAGCACGUGUCAAACAAGUCCGCCUACCUGUGCGGCGUGAUGAAGACGUACCGCCAGAAGAGUCGAGCCAGCCAACAGGGCGUGGCCGCGCCCGCAGCUGCCAUUCAGGUCAAAGGUCCCGACGAGGACAAGAUCAAGAAAAUCCUCGAGCGCACCGGCUACACAUUAGAUGUGACGACAGGUCAGCGCAAAUACGGUGGGCCGCCUCCUGACUGGGAGGGCAAUGUGCCGGGCAACGGCUGCGAGGUUUUCUGCGGCAAGAUACCCAAGGACAUGUACGAGGACGAACUGAUUCCGCUCUUCGAGGACUGCGGCACAAUCUGGGACCUACGCCUCAUGAUGGACCCGAUGACGGGCACAAAUCGUGGUUAUGCAUUUGUCACAUUCACAAAUCGCGAAGCGGCCGUCAAUGCAGUGCGACAGCUCGAUAAUCACGAAAUAAAACCCGGCAAGUGUCUGAAAAUAAAUAUAAGCGUACCGAAUCUGCGCCUUUUCGUAGGCAAUAUUCCCAAGUCAAAGGGCAAAGAUGAAAUUUUAGAGGAAUUUGGUAAACUUACAGCCGGCCUUUACGAGGUGAUCAUAUACAGUUCGCCAGAUGAUAAGAAAAAGAACCGCGGCUUCUGCUUUCUCGAGUACGAGUCACACAAGGCGGCAUCUUUGGCCAAACGAAGGCUCGGCACAGGAAGAAUUAAGGUUUGGGGAUGUGAUAUAAUAGUCGACUGGGCCGAUCCACAGGAGGAGCCGGAUGAACAAACCAUGUCCAAGGUUAAAGUUCUGUAUGUGCGAAAUCUAACCCAGGACGUCUCAGAGGAUAAGCUAAAGGAGCAAUUUGAGCAAUAUGGAAAGGUGGAACGCGUUAAGAAGAUUAAAGACUAUGCCUUUAUACACUUUGAGGAUCGUGAUAGCGCCGUCGAAGCUAUGCGUGGCCUUAAUGGCAAGGAGAUCGGCGCCUCGAAUAUUGAGGUCUCUCUCGCCAAACCUCCUUCGGACAAAAAGAAAAAGGAGGAAAUUCUGCGUGCCCGUGAGCGCCGUAUGAUGCAAAUGAUGCAAGCGCGUCCCGGAAUCGUGGGAUUUGAAACCUUGUCUCCAUACAGAAACCUGUCGCCGACACAUCCCAGCAUGAUGUCCUUGACGCCCAUGCGCCUCCAAGGGGCGCGCAUGCCGCUGCGUACGCCGAUACCUCGCGAAUACGAGUACGAUUACGACUAUUUCGGUUUCUCGGACUACCGCCAAGGCACCUAUAGCAACGAAUCGUUCUACGAGGAGCUGUACCGCUCGUACGAUGGGGAUUUCAACUACUAUGACUACCCCAGCGGCAACGGGGGCAGCGGGGGCGGCGGCGGCAGCGUGGCCGGCGGCUCGAUGGUACCGUUCUCGUCGGGCGGCGGCCAGAAUUCGCCGCUGUCCGGUGGCCAGCGAUCGGCCAGAGGAUCGGCAAGUGGUCCGAGUGGUUCGACGAGCGUUAUGGGAAUUGGUCGUGGGCAUGGAGUCACAAUGCCGCGUGGCAGAAUCGUUGGCCAACGUGGCAGCAUCAGUCGUCUGGGGGCCCAAACAGCGCCACAGGCGGCGGCAGCGGCAGCGGCGGCGGGACAGGCGGCGGCGGCGGUAGCUCAGCGGGGGGCCACCGGUCAGGGGGCGCCGGCAGCAACCGGGGGGGUCCGUGGGGUGGUGCCAACGCGUCCCAGCGUUCGUGGCACCCAGCACGUCAAGCCGCUACAAAAUUUACCAGUAGUCGGUAAACGUAAGUUCGAUGGAGGUCACCAAAAUCCGGCAGAUGUUAAGCGACGUUACCCGAGCGGUUUAAUAGGAAAUGGCGGCAGUUGGGGCAGUUUACCGCUACCACAGCAACCUUUAGGCACCAAUGGUGAACAGUGGUACAUGGAUACGUUUUCGGCAUGGAGUUAAAACCACACAGCAACCCAAUUGAAAUCAGUUAACGAUAACUACAACAACAACAGCAGCAGCAGGAACACCAGGAAGUUACAACCACAUAUAAUAGCCUUCUCCGAGCGACAUCCUGGAGAAGGGUCCUUCGCGUCAUAGUAAGAAAUGAGAGAAGAACGAAACACAACAUAGCAGCCCUUCUUAAAAGCAAUACAUUUAAUUUCAACCAACUAUAUAAGGUGUAAGAAACGCAAUUAGCCACAAUUCAAAAGCAUUGUUUAGAGACUCGUUUCGAUAUUAGUUCGUUUUGCUAUGAACGCCGUAGAUUGCGUCCCUCUAAAUGCUAUAAUAACAAGUCAAGAAAUCAAGAAAUCAGCAAUAGCAGCAGCCAAUAUGUCGAGUAGAGUAUAUUGUAUUGUAUGUAAUCACUUAAAUAGCCUUUGCAGCGAGAGCAUUUUAAACGAAACACUUUCAUUUAGCGCAACCAGUUUAGCUCGAUUUUCCCGAAACACAAUUUUAACAAGCAUCAGCGCCUCACAACUUAGAUAAACCAAAGUCAAGUCGUUUUAAAAGUUCACAAAAAGUAUAAGGAAAUUUUGUCUUAUAGCGUUUUUAACUCGAAAUUGAAACAAUAAUUGAGCAUAUAUAGCAAAACCUAUACGAAAAUAUAAAAUAUAUUUAUCUAUAACUAUAUAGAGAGAGCAGUCUAAGCCCGGCAGAUUGAUUUUAAAUCGUAAGCAGCAUGUAGCACCCUUUUAUACAUUGAGAAAGCCUAAACAACCGAAAUUCAAAACCAAUUCGACUCGAAACAUUUUACAAUAUUUACAUAGGCAUUGGAAAAUUGCAAGUUGAGAGAUGAAAAUUUUAGACAAGCGAUUUCCUCUUUUGUAUAGACAAGACAUAUGGAAAACCCAGACAUAUAUGCACACGAGAUCAAGCUCAGAUGAAUUGAAAGUGGAAAACUGUUUAAUAUUCUAAGAACACCCAGAACACACAAUUCAAGUUGAAAAGCAAAGCUUAGUGAGGAAACAUUGACUGACAAAAAACAAAACAAAUUAUUAAUUAGAUGGAAUGAGUUGAUAUGAGAACGAUAAGCAAAUACAAAAAUUAAAACGCGGCCGGCAUUGUUAUAUAAUGCGACUGGCGACGGCGACUGGCAAGACUUUCUGCGUAAUUCGAAAACAAACUAUUUUUUAACAACGUAAGUUUUAGGCAACUUCGAAUCAAUUAUCUGUCAGAAGUGAAGCGAAAACAAAAACACGUAGAGCUAAGAAUUGCACACAUACAAAACUACACUUAAAACUCACUGAUAAUACUGAUAAUACUGAUAAGCAGAUGUAGAUCGCAAAUCAACCAGAAAUUUGACUAAUGUCUGCAAAUCGAAGCAACGAAUUAGGAGGACACACACAUCACAAAAAGUAAAAGUAAUGAGCCCAAUGAUAAAAUUGAUUAUGAAUUUUAAUAACAAUAACGCAUACUUAAUAUUAACACUUGUAACGAGUAACGUUGGAUUCAACGAAGAUAACUAAAACUAUGAAAUCAAUUAGCCAACGCUCGAGUGCGAAUUAGCAGAGAAAAGAUACAAACCAAUCCAUUCACAGCUUAGAAAUUCUAUUUAAAUCCACUUAUCCAAUAUCAAGUUCAGAUUAAACUCUUUUUCCCCACUUUCCUUUACUCAUCUAUAACUGCUACGCACACAGAUAAUACAGCUAAAAUAACGAAUAUAUCAAGCUGACUUGCAAAACCUAAAUAACUCCAUGCCUAAGGAUAAAAAAUAAAAUAUUAAAACGCCACACACGUGUCAAAAUACGUUUAUAUAGGGAAAAUUAUUGAAACAAAAACUUGCCCGUUUAUAUUUUCUAUUUUGCAAAAUUAAAGAAAAUCGUUUGGUUGAACAGGAAUUCUGUCGUUUACGUUUCCGCUAUUGCUAGAUCUCAAGUAAAGCAAAAGUUAAUUAAUAUAUAUAAAUGUAUAAAACGAAAAUAUAUAAAUUAGUUUUAAACUAACGAAAGAAUACUUCCAAUUUUGAACUCAAGUAUAAAGCAAAAUACAAAACUGUUGGCAGUUGACGGAGGAUGAAGGACGCGUGUGUUUUAAAACGUAUCUAUGAACAUUGUUCAGCAUAAGCCUAAAAACAAUAACUUUUUUUAAAUUUAAAGUACACAUACACAGACACACACACCAAGCAGUUGCCUAAAGUGAAAGUAAAAAUAAAAUAAAAACCAAGUAAUGAAUGAACAUGAAUUAAACUUGCGCAAAAUUUGCAAACCAGCAAAGAACUUUAAACACAUAAUAUUAGCCACAAACAAUAAGAGAAUAUAUACAACAAAUUCUAAAUGACCAUAGUUAAGCUUAAAUUUAGUAACACUCACAUACACUCACACACACAUAUACACAUAAUUAUUAAAGUAAAGUAAACUGUCGUUGUAGGGGAUGAGAAGUGUGCGCCAUUUUCUAACUACAAUAACAAGAGAGAGAAAAUUACUACAUAUUUACCCAUUUUUAUUUUUGAUAAGUUUUCCCACGAGUUUUCCCAAAUAUUUUACUUUUUUGAUUGAGAGAGCAUUUCACGCAAUUGCAAUCGAUUGUUGCCUUCGAAAAGAGAAAGUGGAGAAUAAUUUUAAAACUUUAAUCGUUUUUUUUUUCUUUAAACACACACAAACACAGCAAGUAAAUUAAUUUGAUAAGGAACCUGAAUUACGAAAAUUCUAUAACGCCGCGUCUUUUUGCAUGCAAAAUUCUCGAUUUUUCGCCCCUGGAAAUUUCCACAUUUGGUGACUUAAAACCUUUGAACCCAAUUCAAAUUGCAAAUAUAUAAAUAUAAUUAAUUUUAACGAUUUGUUUAAUUCGAUAACUGUACUGAUUUUAUAUUGUUUUAAAUUUGUAAUUUAAUUUGUAAGUUUUUAUUGUUAAUGUGUUUUUUCUAUUGUAAACUAAAAACUAAACUAAAUCUAUAAACCAAUUGGCAAAUUGUUACACAAUCCGUUAAAGUUUACCGAUUUCGUCGAUUCACAAAAUUGAGUAUGAAAUUUUUACCAAAAUUAUGUGCCGUUAUUUAGAAACCAUUUCUUUGGAUGCCCAAAAUUUACCCACCCCUGCCCUCGACCUCUGACCUCUGACCCUUGACCCCCGACGCCCCAACACCCCAAGACCCCGACACCCCUAAUUGUGUUAAAUAUUGUAAUUUGUAAUUUUUGUUUUAAUUUUUCGGGAAAGCAAAAACGUUUGGCAAAAUUAGUUUUUAAUUUGAAUAUUUAGUUUUGUUUGUGCGCUUAAGUUUUCAAUAGUAUGUUAUAUAUAUUAAACUAUGAAUAUUAAUUUUUAGCAAAAUAUUUUUACGACCUAACAUAAAGCACUAAUGUUAAAUACUUAAAGAACUUUGUUUAGCUGUUUAAUUGGUUUAAAUUUUUGUGUAUUGUGAAGAGGAGCGCAAGCAAAAUUUAUCUUUGAUCUAAUAUCAAUAACAAUAACUGUAUACGUGUGUAAAUUUCAACAAGAACCGAACCUUCAGCAAAUACAAAAUCAACACAAUACUGAUGAUGAAAACGAAAUAGAAAUAGUUAUAAAGUCGAAAGGAAUCAUGAAAGAAAGCAAAGUGGACAAGAAAAUUGCAAACUGCGCAUGGAAACUGAGCGAAAAAAAUGAAAAACUUUACAUGAAUUGUGAUGAUGCAAAGGCAAGAUUUAAUCAUAAUUACUAAAUCUAUAUAUACAAUAAAUAUAUAUAUCUUUCUCUAUAAAUAUAUAUAUUUGAGUACAUAAUGUAUAUGUAGGCGUAGGAGUGUAUAAUCUAACUUUACUUUUAAACAGACUGCGUACGUAUUAAAAAUUUUUAAAAUUAAUUUGUGUAAAAUGUUUUAAGUUUUGAAAAAUUGGCAAAUAAAGAAAACAAUAAAAAUUAAUAAAUCAAAAACACGAUCGUAUUGUGAAUUGAAAUAUACAAAUUAUUUCGACCUAUUCCAAAUUUCGUCUUUCCAAACCUUUUCAGCAGCAAAAUCUUUUCAUGUAUAUUUCAAGAAUCGGCCUUAAGCAAGCGCACCUGUUUAUAAAGAAAGGUGAAGGACAGUGGCAGUGGAUGCAAGGAUCUGAUACCUUUGGAAAGAUUCCAAGAUUGUUUCUUCUUUAGUACACUGAGAAAACAGAAAACGAACAUGAUUUGUAUGAAGACAAUAUCUGUUUCAAACAUACACACACGUUAGGAUUAGCUUUGCUUAGACCACUUUUGUUUUACCUUUAAAUUUAUAGUUUGUGUGUGUUUUCUUUGCCCUAUUAAUUACGUAUGUAACGAUUUUAUAACGAUUGAUUUUUAAAACUCUUUUAUAAACUACCUAUUGAUACACAUACAUCACAAAACAUUUGCAUACAUACCACACGUAUGAGAGGGAUUCAUAAACCGUGAACGUAACGUCGCCAAUUAUUACGAGAUAAAAACAACAAAUGGAAAUUAAAUAAUAAAAACAAUCAGAAUUCUUCGUAGAGGAAGGCCGAAUGUGAGAAAAAUGGGAGAACAACUUUUACGUCUUAAUAAACAAUUAUUGUUAACGAAGAAAAUAAAAGUGAGAAAAGAAGCAUAUUGUACUAAAAUAUUUGAUAUACAUACAUUUGUUAUUAUUUGUAAUACGAAAAUUAAAUAAAAUUGCAUCCAGAUAAUAAAAAAUGAAAUAAAUAAAGAAUGCAAA